UGACCCGAAUAGUGUAUUGAAUUCCUUCCAUAUUUCUAUCGAACCAAAAUGACAAAAUAAACAACAACUUUUAUAUUUUUCACUUACUAUGUGGAUAUAAAAUUCGUUCUGGGCAAAAUUGGCCCUAUAGACAACGAUAUUUUAUAAUGAGAUAGGGCACUAACUAGCGCAUCAAAAGUGUGGCGGACAAAUGUGUAUAAUUAUCUUAAUUUCAUUCAGUCGCUUAUUAAAAAACGAACGUUAUUUAAACAAAAUUAAUACCUAAAUAUUGUCUACAAUGUCGAGUUGUAUGUUCAGGAAGUGUAAAAACUAUUAUAUAUAGUUAAAUAUAUAAUCUAAGUAAACACAAAAUGGGUGCUCACUAGAGUAGCUAAAUUCGGGUAACUUUUUGCGGCGAUUAUGUAGGGACGUAACAUAUCUAUAAUAUAAAAUAUCGUUGCCUAUAGACUAAUUAAACUAGGCGCAACAAAAUUACAUAAAGCGCAAGGGCUGAAAUAAAUCAAGAUGCUAAUGCCUAGUUCGGACUAUUUUUGGGCGGUAAAUCCAAAAAUUGUUCGUACCCACUCGACUAAAAUACUAAAGUAGUCCGAAGUACUAAGUAUUGUAGUUGGUUUUCGUUUUACGAGUACAUAUACAAUUACGUUAAAUUUAUAAACAAAAGAAAAUGCCACCUAAGCUGCUGUGGAACAGAGAUUUAUAUUAUAAAACUAGCAAUAGAUUGCUUAAUUAGGUCAUGUUGUUGGCGUCGCCGAAUAAAAUUCCCCUACCAAAGACAAGAAAUCAUGUAUUGCCAUUAUUAAAAAUAUACAGCAAACAUUGUGAUGUGUAUGUAAUCACUGAAUAAUCUAUACAAUGAAAUAUACAUUCGACAUCCAGUCCAAAUAUACAAUUCAUUUGAUUGUGUGACAUUUUCAUAGGUUUACUUUGUCUGUUACGCAGUUGUGAAUAUUGAAGACAAACUAACUAUUACAAAGAACACGCGAGAGUCGUAUAAACUGUAUUCUUCGUGCCAGUGUUUCACAAAAAACGAAACUACGCGUAUUAAGCUAUCGGCCUAAUAAAAUCUAGUACAAAAUAUAUCUGAAAUACUGUGCUGUCAUUAUCUGAUAAACUAAAUAUCAUCUACAGGCAUCUAAGGCACUAGGUUCCUACAUGCUAAAAAUAAAAUCUUAUUAAUUAAAAGUUCCGUUCCAAAAGUAGGAGAACGGUGACAAUACGGUGGGCUACCAAUUGAAGUAUUGUAACAGCUAGCACUAACCCUGGCAUCCAUCAUAGCUGGAGGGGGCGUCCAUGAGGAACAUCUUCCAGUGUGUGGUCCGGGGGAAUCAGCUGGUCCUCGACGCGAUUGCCGAGCUCCACCUUGCGGCGGAUGGCGCGCUUGGCCUCCUCGUCGCGCGGGUAGAUGUGCCGGUUGUACAUAUCCAUGAUGUACACCUCCGGUACGCCGAGGAAGUCGCGCUGCAAAAUCAGACAGUAGUAGAGCAAGAGAUAAAGACAUUGAUAGCCGACAACCAGAAGUUGUCACAGCAAGUGGGAGCACUGCUAAAGGAAAAGCUCCACUUUGCGCAAACGGCUCACGAGAACAGCAAUAGUCAGGAGCUUGAAGAGCUCCGGAGACAAGUGGCUUUGCUUACCAAGGAAAGAGAUUCUCUCCACGUUCUAUGGCAGACUUCACAGAAAACCAUUGAUGCGUUAGAUAUAGAAUUGAAAACUUAUCAAAUAUACGACGACAAUCGAGGAAACCAGAAAGCAACAGAUGUGAAAAGAGACUUAGAACUUAAGUUAGAGACAGCUCUAUCCGAUUAUAUAGAGUUGGAAUCGAAAUAUAAACGAGUACACAGUGAUUAUAAUACAUUAGAAGCUGAAUUAAAAAGCAAAGUUAAAGAUAUUGCUUCAUAUAAAGAGAGAGGUAAAGAAUUAGAAGAAGAAAUAGCGGAAGUAAAAAAAUCUCUAGAAGAACACAAAAUAAAUUUAUCUUCGGAAUUAAAAAGCCGUGAAGACAUUAAAUCUCAGCUUCUAUUAUGUCAAAAAGAAUGUGUUGACAGAGUUAAAAAGGAAGCAGAAGCUAAAUCAAAGGUUGCAGAAGCAUUGCAACUCUUCGAUUUAGUGUCAGCGCAAAAGAACGAAGCUUACAAGAAAAUUGCAGAAGUUACAGCUGAAUUAUCAACGCUAAGACAAACUUUAGCGAAUGUCCAACGUGACGUAGAAGAUAGUUAUAGGAGAGAAAUAAAAGAAGUUAAAGAUAAUUACAACGAAAAGGUUUCUGAUAUGCUUACGCAUAUUAGAAAUCUUGAUGGGGAACUAGUUGAAAAGGGACUCUUAUUAAACAAAGCUUUAAGGGAAAUUAAAAUUCUACAAACAACUAAUGAAAGUUAUGUAAAACAGCAACAAAACGACUUAAAAGCCAAAGAUCCUAAAUUGGCACUAGCUGAGCAAAGACUUGAGGCUAUGUAUCAUGAACUGGUGUCAUCGGAACGUCGCAACAUACAGUUAGUAUGUGAGAAACAAUGCCUAACAAUGGAUAUACAGAGGAUUCAAGAUGAGCACACAAGGGACAGGAAACGACGCGACUGGGAAGAGCAACUACUGAAGACACAAAUUGACGAAAUGAAACUGCAAGUAGAUCAUCUGCAAAAAUCAUUAAAUGAAACUCAUGAAAUGAUAGGCAAGUUACAAUCUAUGUUAUCAUCCAGGACUGAAUUAAGCCAAAAAAUGGUGUCCACAAAAGAAGAGGAACUAAUGGAACUAAAUAAACAUUUAGAAAACCAAAUGGAACUAAACAAAAAAUGGAAGGAAUCCUAUGUGGAUAUGACGGAGAAACUAAAGAAGAAAUUAGAUCAUUUAGAUAAAGAAAAUAGGGACCUCAGGAAUCAAUUAAACAUGUCUGUCAUUAGUAGUUCAUCAAACCACGAAAACUCUGGGUAGAGAAUCGUUAUUAUUAAGUUCUUAUAGGUAAUUUUUAUAUGAUUAAAUGAGAAGGAGUUUUUAUACAAUUUAAAUAUUAAAAAUGAUAAAUCAUCAAAUUACAUCGUUUUUGUAAAACUGUACAUUGAUUUUAGCAGUGUUUUCCAAUAAAGCGAAACACUAAAAUUUAAAAGUCCUUACCAAACGACAUUUUUGGAAUCGCCAUCUAUAAAAUAUAUCAUUAGAACAGACAACUAAUUUAUGAGUAAGUAUAAUAAAAAAUAUAUAUAUGUAGUUUGAAAUCAACUUAAAAGUACAUUUAGGUCCAUCUAUUAUAUCUUUUGAGUCCACUUUGACUAAACCUUUACCUGUAUUUGUCAUGCAGGGAAAAAGGCAUGCAAAAUCUAAAGAUUUUUGUUUACAUGAAACAAUAUAAUAACUUGAUAUGUCUAACCAUUAGGUAGACCUAGCAUGAGACCAACAACAUAUCUCGUGGAGAGAAAUAGAAUAAUGUCGACCAAUAGCGGCAGAGUCUUUCGUCGCAACACAAUGAAAGAGAUAGCUAUAUUUCCGGUCGCCUCGCCACUGAUUGACAUUUAUCUAUCACAAUAUAAUGUCACAUGUUCUCAUAAUGUAAAUAUUAUGUAUUUCAAUUGUAUUGUGCAAUAUUAAAUUAAAUCAUUUAAGUAAUGUAAUUAACAUUUAUUUACAACUUAAAAUAAAAUAUAUUAUUAUUAACAAU